CUGUAUCUAUUAUAAAAAUAGACAGAGAAACACAAUGCAUUAAACUAUACAUUACAAUUAUAGCAAAAGAAUAAAUCAUAUAAAUGAAAAACUUCAAAUAAUGAAUAAAACACAAAUAUAACAAAUACAUUAAAUUAUAAAUUAAAAUGCUCCAUCGGGACAAGACCACGGGAAUCAGAUAAGCCCUUUACACAAUCUGACAUGAACUGCGGGUUUCGUCUGGUCAGAGGGGAACUGACCCCCAACUGAGCCUGGUUUCUCCCAAGGUUUUUUUUCUCCAUUCUGUCUCAGAGGGAGUGUUGGUUCCUUGCCGCUGUCGCAUCUGGCUUGCUCAGUUGGGGACACUUAAUUUCUAGCGAUUAUCGUCGAUUUGAUUGCACAGAUACUAUUUAAACUAAACUGAGCUAGACAAUGACACAAUGAAAUGUCUUUAACUGAAAAUUGAGUGUUUAAUCUUGAACAUUACUGACACUCAAUCCUCCAAUUUGAUACUGUUAAGUGCUUUGACACAAUCUGUAUUGUUAAAAGUGCUAUAUAAAUAAAGGUGACUUGACUUGACUCCAUGAUGACAUCACGGAGCUGGUGGAUGUUAGAGACCUUGCGCUCCUCCACCUUCCGUUUGAGGAUGCUCAAUAGGGUUUAGGUCUGGAGACAUGCUUGGCCAGUCCAUCACCUUUACCCUCAGCUUCUUUAGCAAGGCAGUGGUCAUCUUGGAAGUGUGUUUGGGGUCGUUAUCAUGUUGGAAUACUGCCCUGCGGCCCAGUCUCCGAAGAGAGGGGAUCAUGCUCUGCUUCAGUAUGUCACAGUACGUGUUGGCAUUCAUGGUUCCCUCAAUGAACUGCAGCUCCCCAGUGCCGGCAGCACUCAUGCAGCCCCAGACCAUGACACUCCCACCACCAUGCUUGACUGUAGGCAAGACACACUUGUCUUUGUACUCCUCACCUGGUUGCCGUCACACAUGCUUGACACCAUCUGAACCAAAUAAGUUUAUCUUCUUAUAGCCUACGCCAUCUUUAUGUAGAGCAACCAUUCUUUUCUUCAUAUCCUCAGAGAGUUCUUUGCCAUGAGGUGCCAUGUUGAACUUCCAGUGACCAGUAUGAGAGAGUGAGAGUGAUAACACCAAAUUUAACACACCUGUUCCCCAUUCACACCUGAGACCUUGUAACCAUACCGGUCAACACUCCCGUUUUUCCCGGGAGUCUCCCGUAUUUCACACCCGUCUCCCGCCAACCUCCCGAUUUGUUAUUUCUCCCGGGAAACUACAAACAAAUUUGUAUUGCCCAAAUCUAAUACGAAUAAUCAUCACAUCAAUAUUUUAUUCAAAGGUAAUUCCAAUAUUUUAUUCCAGAUCUUGUAUGAAAUGCAUCACCCAACGCAUCACCUCACACAAUCGACACAAUACACAAAUUUCAAACCAUUUGUGACCUCAACCUGGCAACCUACAACCCAGUUGCGCUGUAGAUUUCUGCGCAAGUAGUAGACGCGGGAAGUUGAAUCAGUGGUAGAAUGGAAGGAGAAGAGUCAAUUAGUGCUCCGGCGAAGAAAAUAUUAGUGUAAAUUUAACAACAGCUGGACGGAAGAAUUUAAUUUCUUGUCUCGAAGCCAUGUGAACAACGCCCACGCCUUUUGCAAAGUGUGUCGCACUAAUUUUCAUAUCGGACAUGGUGGGAAAAACGACAUAUCUCAGCAUAUUAAAUCACAGCGGCACGUUCGUGCAGCCGAGGCACAAAAGGGCAACACAUACUAAACACACAAUGUUAAUGUUAUGUACAAUGUUACAACGUAAUGUAAUAUAUAAUAUUGCUGUGCAAUGUUUCGGUUUAAUUUCUAAAAAAAAUAUAUAUAUAUAUUUAUGUGUGUGUCUGUGUGUACACCAAGAGCUCCUUAAAAAAUCACACACAACAUAUUCCUUGAUAUUCCUCAUAUAUAUAUAUAUAUAUAUAUAUAUAUAUAAAUAAAACAUACAUAUAUACACACACACACUCACACAGAGACACACAUACAUGCAAAUCUGUCAUGAGAAAAUAAACAUUUAAAUAGUAAGACUUAACAAUAAAUAAUAAUGUACUUGAAUCUGGAGCUUAAGAUAUAUGUACAGAUGUUUGCAUUAUUUACUCUGGCUGUAUAAAAAAUCUGUAUAUGCAUUUACAUAGUACUUCAGAGAGAGGCAAUAUUUAGAGAUGGAGAAGAAUCACAGAACACAUGUAGAGAGAGAGAGAGAGAGAGUGGUCAGCCACUCUAAGAAUGAGCUCCUGAAAAAUUACAAAAGAUUAACCCAAAAAAGUAAGACAGAGAGUAGAAUAAUGACAACAAACAAGUAAAAACAACAGAAGAACAACUUGGAUUCGUGUAAAGACCUAUUUUUCUUCUAGAAAAUACAUUUUAAUACAAAAAAGAAGACUACAACCUCUGGAUUAGCAUCUGGCUACUGGAUCACCACUGUACCAGCUAUCUGCAGAUUUCCCUCCAAAACACCCAAGGACUUUUUUAAAGGAACUACAACUGAAAAACAUUCCACAAUUGUUGAUCUUCAGUUGCUAAACAAAGAGGUGAGCUCUAUCUGGCAUAAAACAUGAACAAAAACUGAAUAUUUAAUUGUAUUGAAGUAAAAACUCUCAUCAUUAAAAGCUAAAGUUAGCUGCAGUUCUGGCUCUGUGCCUAGUCUGAUCACCAUGGCAACCCUGGCGCAAACAGAGUGCAGGGAGGUGUGUUACCCAGAGAAGUGCAGAAGUAUACAGGCACAUAAAAAACACAAAGAGAAAACUCUCAGAGACAAUCCUGAUGUUCUGUACGCUGACUAUAUUCAGCUCAAUGGGAAACGAAUCAAGAACAACUUCAUUUUCCACACCACUAUGAUUAAUGCUUGGAAACUGACCAUCUGUGAGGAAUACAAGCAUGUUUUUAAAGAAGGAAUUGGCCGAGGUGGAAGGUUAACUAUUUGUGAAGAUGAAAUGCUAGACACAGACAACCCCAUUCUCACUAUAACGUACUAUACUAAAGGCACCUUCUUACUGCAAGGCAAUGAAGCAAGCCUGAACUCAUUUGAGGAGACUUUCCCCCUGCUAAAAGCCAGAGUAGAGAAGGAGAGAGACGAGACCCAUGUGAACUGCACAGACUCUGAGGAGGAAGGCCCAGUGAAUCCUUCACCUUCAGACAGUUUAGCCCUACUAGAACUGGACUUCACUGAAUUCAGAGAACACACUCAGGCCAAACUCUCAGGCACACACGACACAAACAUUUACAUCCAGGAGCUCAAAGAUGAACUCCAGCAGCUGAAGAAAAACACCAGUUCCUCCAUCACUGAACUCACAAGAGCUCUCAGAGGACUUCAAGAAGAAAACCGAACUCUCCGCUUACAGCUAUGCAAACUAGAGGAGGACACAGAGAAAAAGGAAGUGAACUUUUCCAGUCAGCUGCAAGAAAUGAAAGAACAGUUACAGAAAACCACAAAAGACGAUGCACCUCACAAUACAGCUCCAGACAAACCAAACUACACAAACACAGAAUGCAUGCCUACGACAAACACACAGACACCUGCAGCAACACAGGCCUCACCUGCCCAGACUCCAGAACCUGAUCCAGAUGUUCUCCUCCUCAUGGACUCUAAUGGAAAAUUCCUAGACCCUAAGAAACUCUUUCCACACCAAAAAGUCACUGCAAAGCGAUGUAGCACAACAGGCCACGCCCACCAGAUCAUCAGAGACUUCACAGGACACCCCUCAUGUAUUAUCAUUCAUACUGGGACUAAUGACCUUCACUCGCUGCGCAACAGUACUUCUGAUGCGGUGAGGAAAAUGGCAGAAGUCACCAGCAAAAAGUUCCCAGAGUCCCGAAUCAUAAUCUCCACGCUUCUCCCAAGACACGACACACCACCGCACAUCAUCUACAGCAUCAAUGCUGAAAUUUCCGUGGCUGUUCUGCGCUCCCCAAUGUACACCUGGCCCACCACUACCACAUCGGCCUCCAACACCUGUAUGAUGGACUUCACCUACACAAAGAUGGAGUCCGUACUUUUGCAAAGACCCUAAAAGAUGCAGCCCUGGGCCGCAGUCCAGCAUCACCGAGACACCUGUUACCAACUCCACAAUACCACCGGCCCAUUCACCACUACAUGCCCAGACAUCCCCCUCUGGCCCCGGUGAGGACAGACAUCGCCUGGACAAACACUGCACGUCGUCCACCACACCCAGCAAUGGCUCCCUACACACCUGUAAACCUGCAGUCACCAACUUCACAUCCACCCGCUGCCCAUCAAACCCCCGUAAGAAAGAAGAAACCAAAAACCACCCCACACCAAGAGAAGCCCCCACAGCCGAGAGCACAGAGCUAUGCUGAAGCUGCAGCCCAGCCCCCUGCUGCACCCAGCACCUCCACAACUGCCAGCGAACUGAGCCAGAUCAGAGAGAUGCUGCAGACACUGUGCAACCAGCUCCUGAACAGAUAAGGACAAUAGGCACAAACACAGUGCACUAGAUGUAAAUUGACCGAUUGACCGAAAACUGCACUAGAUGUAAAUUGUUUACCAUAUACAUUCUCACAGGUUAUAUUCUCUCUGUCUUACCAAAUAGGUUUAUCUUUAAUAUUACUAAAAUACUAAUGCGUUCAUUUCAUAUAAGUUGUUGGAGUAUUCAGGGUCUUCAUUCUUCGACUUUUGGUCCUAAAAGCACAGACCCAGUUUUUCUGAAAAAUAACAAAGAUGCUGACAUUAUCAUUCUCACCAAGACCUGGUGUCGAAAUGAUGCACUUACCUACUGUCCCUCAGGCUACUAUGAAGUAAUUGUACCCUCAGUUAAAUUAAGUACAGUCCACCGUGGACGAGACUCGGGAGGAAUUCUGGUGUGGUACAAGGAAGCUCUGGCCAAACACAUUUCUAUAAUUACACUUAGUAAAUUUCAUUGUUGGUUAAAACUAAACAAUCAAAUUGGCAUUUCAACCACUGACACUUAUCUUUGUGCCAUCUACAUCCCUCCAGCAGAGUCCCCUUACCAUGAUGAGGAAUAUCUGAACAACAUCCACACAGAGAUCAGCCGUUUCCAGGCCCAGGGAAACGUGCUGCUGUGUGGAGACUUGAACGCAAGAACUGGAUCUGAACCUGAUAACAUAGAUCCAAAGGGCAAUGAGCAUGUCUUUGGCCAAAACCCCCAGAGUCUCACAAAAAACCUCCCACCAAGAAACAAUCUUGACCAAACUGUAAAUAAAAAUGGUAGAGAAUUAGUGCAGCUCUGCCGAGCCUCAGGCCUGUACAUGCUUAAUGGCAGGAUCAGAGGGGACUCUUUAGGGAGGUUCAUGUGUUGUUCAGGUCUUGGAGCUAGUGUAGUUGACUAUGCCAUCACUGACAUGGACCCCUCCUCCUUCAGUGCAUUCACUGUCAUACAACAAACUCCGCUUUCUGACCAUAACCAAACUAACAUUUAUAUUAAAACACAUCACACACCAGAACAAAACAAGCAGGAAACCUGCAACUUGUAUCAGGUCCAGCAGAGAUACAAAUGGACUUCAGACAGAGCAGAAAAAUUUAUCCAAGCCCUGAAUUCUGAAGAACUGAAGAAUCUAAUCACUAUAUUUAUGAAUAAAAAAUUUGAAACAACUAAAGAUGGUGUUAAUUUGGCUACAAAUGAAAUCAAUUACAUAUUUCGAAAAGCAGCAUAUAUAAGUGAAUUGAAAAAGAAAGGCAAAAAAUACACCAAGAAAAAAACACCAAAAGGUGAAAAAUGGUUUGACUCAGACUGCAAAACAUUAAGAAAACAACUUAGAAAAUUAUCAAAUCUGAAACAUAAAGAACCAUACAACACCAACAUAAGAACUGAAUACUGUUCAAAACUAAAACAAUACAAAGACACAAUAAGAGCAAAAAAGCAACACCAUCUGACCAAAAGUUUACAAGAAAUAGAACAUUCAAUAAAUCAUAAUCAGUUCUGGGAUAUGUGGAAUAAUCUGAGCACAACAAAACCACAAGACUUGCCAAUACAAGAUGGAGAUACUUGGACAAAGCAUUUUGAAAAUUUGUAUAAAGAAAUCCCACCAAAACAACUCAAUGACAAUUAUAAUCUGAUCAAACAACAUCUACAAACCUGUGAAGACACAAUUAAAAAUAAUCAAAAUCCACUUGACUUCCCAAUUACAUAUAAAGAAUUAACAAACAAACUCAAAAGCCAAAAAUGUAAGAAAUCUUGUGGUCCUGACAGCAUUCCAGGUGAAAUGCUGAAACACAGCACACCUGAGCUUCAGACAGCUGUGCUCAAAUUAAUAAACACGUAAAACAGACCAAAAAUGGAAAAAUAUUUGCAUGUUUUAUCGAUUUCAAAAAAGCAUUUGAUUCUAUUUGGCACGAUGGAUUAUAUUAUAAGCUUUUACAAAGUGGUGUAGGGGGUAAAGUUUAUGACAUUGUAAAAUCAAUAUAUUCAAACAACAAAUGUGCAAUUCGAAUUGGCAACAAACAUACAGAUUUCUUCACCCAGAAAAGAGGAGUGCGGCAGGGCUGUAGCCUGAGUCCAACACUGUUCAACAUCUACAUUAAUGAAUUAGCGGUGCAGUUGGACCAGUCUACAGCCCCUGGACUCACUCUACAAGACAAAAACAUCAAGCUUUUGCUGUACGCAGAUGAUCUAGUGCUGCUGUCAUCUACACCACAGGGACUACAGCGGCACCUAGACCUGCUGGAGAACUACUGCCAGAACUGGGCCCCCGGCAGUAAACCUCAAAAAGACCAACAUUAUGGUCUUUCAGAAAAAGCCCAGAUGUCAGGAACACAGAUACCGGUUCAGUCUAGGCAGCACCGCCCUAGAACACACGAUGCAGUACACGUACCUCGGCCUGAUCAUCACUGCAUCGGGGAGUUUCAGUACGGCAGUGAAUGCUCUCAAAGAUAAAGCUCGAAGAGCUCUAUACGCAAUCAAGAAAAAAUUCCAAAAUAUUGAAAUACCGCUUCCAAUUUGGUGUAAAAUCUUUGAUAGUGUGAUUCAGCCCAUAGCGCUGUAUGGAAGUGAGGUUUGGGGUCCACUCAGUGAUCAGAGCUACACUAGAUGGGACAGACAUCCAACAGAAGCCCUACACACAGAAUUCUGCAAAAUGAUCCUAAAAUUACACAGGAGAACACCCAAUAAUGCAUGUAGGGCAGAAUUAGGCCGAUUCCCAUUGAUUAUAAAUAUACAAAAAAGAUCCCUCAAAUUCUGGAUGCAUCUUAAAUCGAGUCCCACAGAAUCGCUACAUUUUAAAGCACUACAAACCCAAGAACUGAACCCUGAAAAGAGUCCACUCAGUCAGCUGGUUCUGAGACUUACUAACCUGACUAACUCUACUAACACUAACCAGUCUCAGACCAGCACUGCUUCUCACACAAACAUCAACAUAAAUCAAAUUAUCAAACAAUCUAAAAAUAUAUAUCUGGAACAUUGGGAUCAAGAGACUAAAACACAAAGUAAAUUACAACUAUAUCGGACCAUAAAAUCAAAUUAUGAAUUGGAAGAUUAUCUCCAGAGUGUCAGAAACACAAAGCAGAGACAGAUCCUGACCAAGUACAGGCUCAGUGAGCACAGACUAGCCAUCGAGACCGGCAGACACAGAAAGAGCUGGUUACCCAGAGAACAAAGGGUGUGUGCUCACUGUGAGACAGGAGAGAUCGAGACAGAGACGCACUCCUCCUUCACUGUCAUAAAUACAUAUCAAUAAGAAACCUCUACUUCAACAAACUCACCAACUUAAUAAAGAACUUUACAACCAUUAGUGAAACAGAACAAAUAAAGAUAAUACUAGGAGAGGGACAGACAGCAGCACUGGCUGCGAGAUACGUGUGGUGAAUGUGUGUGUGUGUGUGUGUGUGUGUGUGUGUGUGUGUGUGGACGUGCCACAGCCUGAGAGACAGCAGGUGAAUGCGUGUAAUGUGUGUAAUAUGUGUAUUACAUCUGACCUCAAAGUGUUUCCCUGCUGUCUACCACAGUGACCCUCAGCCUGUGUGUGUUUAUGUGUUAAACACUGUGGUAUGAAAUGUUCACAUAAUAAGUUCUUAUUUGUUACACUGUUUAUUUAAGUUUAUAUUGUUAUAAGGUUUUUAUUCUAUUAUUUUGAUCUUUUCAUUGGUAUUGUAUUUCUCCACAUAUAUUUCAAGCUUUGACAAUAUUGUAUUUUUUACAGUCAUGCCAAUAAAGCAAUAUUGAAUUGAAUUGAAUGUAAUAAUUUCAGUUUCAGCUUUUUAGGCUGGAGAUGGCAUGGGUGUAUGCAAUUUUUUUUUUUUAUUUAUGCCUAGAUGUUCUUUAUGCCUAUAGAUCUGUAAUGUCUGCCUAAAGGGAAAUGUGCAAACAGGUUGAGGCCGGGGUGAGAGAGGUCCAUCCCACUUCAAGUCCUGGGAGAUGGUGCUUCCCAGGAACCUGAAUGACUCCACUGCUGCCAGAGUGCUGUUCAUGAUGGUGAGUGGGGGGAGAGCAGGGGGAUUCCUCCUGAAGUCCACAAUCAUCUCCACUGUUUUGAGCGUGUUCAGCUCCAGGUUGUUAUAACUGCAUCAGACAGCCAGCUGUUCAUCCUCUGGUCUGUAAGCAGACUUGUCGCCAUCCUGGAUGACACAGAUGACUGUAGUGUCAUCUGUAAACUUCAGGAGUUUGACAGAGGGUUCAUUAGAUGUGCAGUCUUUUGUGUAGAGCAGGGAUGGGCAACUUCAUUCCUGCAGAGUUUAGCACCAACCCUAAUCAAACACACCUGAAGAAGCUAAUCAAUGUCUUCAAGAUCACUAGAAAGUUACAGGCGGGUGUGUUUGAAUAGGUUUGGAGCUAAACUAUGCAGGACACCAGCCCUCCAGGACCGAAGUUGCCCAUCCCUGGUGUAGAGGGAGAAGAGCAAAGGGGAGAGAACGCAGCAUUGAGGAGCUCCAGUGCUGAUGGUGUGGGUGUUGGAUGUGAAUUAUCCCAUCCUCAUUCUUCACUAUAUCUGCUGGCUUUCUGUUAGGAAGCUGGUGAUCCGCUGACAGAUGGAGGUGGGUACAUAGAGCUGGGUCAGUUUAUACAGAAAGCUCUUUUUAGGGGUGAAAGUUAAAUUGUUAAACUACUUAUUGCAAAGAGUGGCAAUUAUUUGCACCUCAUAAUUGUAGUACAUUAUAAAACAAUAUGCAAUAACGUAUUAAAUGUAAAUUAUCAAUUAAAUUCAAAUUAUUCAAUGGAUGCCACAUUAUUUGGGACAAUACAAGCCCUCCCUACACCUACCCCUAUCUUUCUUAAUUUUCACCUUUUCGAUUAUUAAAAAAUAAAUGUCUUUCCAAUGUGAUAUGAGAUUUGUAAAGGGCGGAUUCGAAUCUGGGUCAACCACGUAAAAAAAAAUAUUACGGCACGCGUUUAACGUCCACACCACUGCAGCUGUAAUUUAUUGAUCGCCUUUUGUAGCGUUGACAGUGUUGGGGAGUAACUAGUUACAUGUAACGGAAUUACGUAAUUUAAUUACAAAAUAAAAGUCAUUGUAAUUAGGUACAGUUACUAAGAAAAAAUGUGUAAUUACAUUACAGUUAUUUAUGAAAAUAUUAAGGAUUACAAAGGGGGUUACUUCUGAUGUCUUUCACACACACUCCCACAUACAGAUUUAAUUGAUUUCUUUCAUAAAUUGUAGUAACUGCUCUAAAAUAUGAAAGAUCAAUGUUUCAGAAGUUUAUAACAUGCUUAUCCGAUAACUCUUAUAUUUCCUAUAUGGGUUUAUGUAUAUGCUUUUUUUUUUUUUUUUUUUUUUUAAGAUUAACUCUUUUUUUUCUAAGGCAUUGUUAGAUGCCAGUGUUUCCCAUCAUAGCUAUGCAAAGAUUUGAUUUCAAAAGCAGUAUCAUAGCUAUUAAACUAUAUCUUAUGAUUUUAAAUCUGUAUUUAACCUCAGAAUGACUUUAAAGUAAGUCUGAUUUUGUGGUGGCUGUGCUUCAAAGGGGACAUCGGAUGCCCAUUUUCCACAAGUUGCUAUGAUUCUUUAGGGUCUUCUCGAAAUGGUCUCAGUGGUCGUGAAAAAUAACACCCUUUUUACCUCGUCAAAAACAGCUCUGUUCACAGCACCUCGUUUCGCUGCAUAUCUCUUUACAUGCUAAUGAGCUCUGCUCACCCUGCCCCUCUCUUCUGUGGAAGAGCAAAGGCGAUUCGCAAAUAAUCAUAAAAAAUAUAAAGUGUGAGACUGACUUCUUCUGGAGGUGCAGCUGGAUCAUGAACAAUGGGUACUGAUCCAUCCUUGAGUUUUAACUUUUUAACAAAACCUGCCUUGAAUUGUCCCUCAUUCAGAAAACAGUCUGGAGCAAAAUAAUUUGCGCAGCCAGACAUAAACAAGUUUAGUGAAAUUGAAGUGACGUGUGGCCAAGUAAUGGUGACCCAUACUCGGAAUUUGUGCUAUGCAUGUAACCCAUCCAAGUGCACACACACACACACACACACACACACACACACACACUGUGAACACACACUCGGAGCAGUGGGCAGUCGUAUUGCUGCGGCGCCCGGGGAGCAGUUGGGGGUUCGGUGCCUUGCUCAAGGGUCUCACCUCAGUCGUGGUAUUGAAGGUGGAAGAGAGCGCUGGUUAUUCACUCCAAAAUCAAUAUGGCUUGAUAAUUGAGAGUGUUUAGGUUUUUGGGGAUUUAAAAAAUGGCCUUUUUAUCACUUUAAAAUUUGUAUCAUUGUAGAGUGGUUGUGUCCACACACUGCCAAGACACAUUUAUAUGCAAAUGAAGAUAUUUGGCAUCCAAUGUCUCCCUUAAAAUUAAAAUAGUAUUAUCUUAAUUCAAAGGAUUUCGAAAGUCUGACAGUAAUCAGUGUUGAGUACUACUGUAAGGUUAACCCUGUCUGCUUUGCAUGUUUGAAAAUGAUUAACAGUUGAAAACAUUAGAAAUUUAGAAAGGGAAUCAAAAAGUAAUCAGUUUCAUUUCUUAAAGUAAUUGAAAAGUUACACUACUUAUUACCAGUGAUGGGAAUAACGGCGUUAUAAAUAAACAGUGUUACUAACGGCGUUAUUUUUUCAGUAACGAGUAAUCAAACGAAUUACUGUUUCCCCCGUUACAACGCCGUUACCGUUACUGACAAUAAAAUGCGGCGUUACUAUAAUAUAAUUUAUAUAAAAAUGUAUAAAGCAAACACUGGUCUCCAUGAUGGUGGCAUCAUUUUAACCAAUAAAACAUCAACAUCUGAUCCUCUGUGAUUCUCAAUAACAGCAGGUGUUCAUCACUAAUGCACAAUCAUCAUUUAAUUAGUCACUUAAUUAUAUCAUUAACUUUAACUCUUUGAGGACUUGGGAUUUGACUUGACACUUGCUUGUGAUUUUGAAAGGAAUGACUUGGUUCCUCUGGUGAAAUCAGCUGCUGAGUUCAUGGGUGGAACAAAAGUAUGGCAGGACUUUUACUUUCUGACCCCUGGAUCGUCCGUCUCUGGCCAUAGCCGAUUAAAUACAGGUGAAUAUAACCACGACGGGUCACUAGGGUGGCUCAUUUAAUGUUAACGGAUCGCCAGGCAGACGUACAGCAGUGACAGACAGACACAUAUAACGGUGUCCUGUAUGGAAAGCUGACAGUUAUCCAUUUUCACCUGUACAAGUGAAUGCUGAGCAUCUGCAGCUGAUGAGGCGCACUGGAGUGACGUCACCGCCCCUCUUCGACUGAUUGGCUGAGGAGGAGCUGUCAAUCAAGAACUAGUGAACCAAUGAUGAGGCUUAAACCCGCCCUGAUUUACAUGAAACUCUAACUGCAACAUUUGGGAAAGCAAGCACAAAAUGUGGAAACAAGAGCAAAGGGAAAAACAGCAUAAGCACACAAAAAAUAAAAAUAUGAGCAGAAAAUGUCUGAGAGCAGAAAAAAACAUGAUUUUGUGCGCAAGUCAGAUAAUUUUGCAUUGAUAUUUAAAUAUUGUGCAAUAUGAUUUUAAAUGUGUUUAAAGUUUUGAUCCAUGCUUAUUAUUUUUAAAAAUGCGUUAUUCAUUUUUUGAUUUACGCUUAUUAUUUUUCUAUCCGUGACCAUUGUUUGCUAUUCUGAAAAAUGUUGCUAUAUUGUGCAAUAUAUUUUUACUUGCAUUUUUAAAUUUUGUUUUCACGCUUGUUAUUUUUUUAUCCGUGACUGCAAUACUUUAGGCGGGAAUCUGAUCCCAUAGUAAACUCAUCUGACCGAGAGGACCUGAAAGCAUGAUCCUUGGACUCCUUGGAGAAGAAUACUGUAUGUAAACCAGGAUUUUGAAUCAGCUGUGAAGAUUUUGUAUGGAGCUGUUUUGGAAAUGAAAAUCUUCUACCACAUGAUCUUACUUGAACUAAUCCAGCUGAGCACUGGCAAUUUGGAGGAGGGCUGCUCUUUAUCUGCUGUGUCUGUCACUUCUGGCCAUGGACCUUUUCUUGUAUGUUUUGGUUUUACUUAUUACACUAAUAUAGCUAGAAUUCAGAAUUAAAAUACAUAUGUUUGUCUACAUAUAUUACCAGAGCUACAGUAGUGCCCAAAAUUAUUAGAACACUA